AUGCAUCUACAACAUCUGACUCUCGGCCUCGGCGCCCUCGCCACCGUCACUCACGCCCAGCAGCAAUAUGUUCUGCACGACAACUACGACCGCACCAACUUUUUCAACGAGUUCGGCUUCUUUGACGCGCCCGAUCCCACCAAGGGGUUUCAGCGCUACGUCAACGCGUCCGAGGCCAACGCCCAGUCCUUGGCCGGCUUUGCCAACGAUGGCGUCUUCCUCGGCGUCGACUACACCACACCAGGCGACAACCGCCGUUCAGUCCGCCUGACCUCGAACAAGGCUUUUGAUGGCGGCGUCUUCAUCGCCGACAUUGCCCACAUGCCCGCCAACUCGUGUGGCGUAUGGGGUGCAUUCUGGAUGUUUGGCCCCGACUGGCCUCACGGUGGCGAAAUUGAUAUCAUCGAGGGCGUCAACACGCAGGAGAGCAACAAGGUCACCCUCCACACGGGGCCCGGCUGCUCCAUCACAAACGAAGGCACCGACCCCUCUACCACGCUCGACAAGAACAACUGCAACGCCGGCGAGGCCUUUGUCGGCUGCACCCAGCGCACGGCCAGCAACCUCAACUACGGCGACGGCUUCAACGCCAUUGGCGGCGGCGUCUACGCGGUUGACUGGACGCCAGACCACAUCUCGGUGUACUUUUUCCCGCGGGGCGCCGUCCCAGCCGACAUCGCCGCCGGCACGCCGAACCCCGGCGCCUGGGGCCUCCCCGUCGCGCGCUUCAACGGCGGCGAGGGCUGCAGCAUCCCGGACCACUUCAGGCAGAACAACCUCGUCUUCAACAUUGCGCUGUGCGGCGAGUGGGCAGGCAAGGUCUGGAGCGAGAACCCCGAGUGCUCGGCGCUGGCGCCGACGUGCGACGACUUUGCGGCGAACCACCCGGGGGCCUUUUCCGAGGCGUACUGGCUGAUCAACUCGGUCAAGGUGUACCAGCCGGCUGUGUGA